AUGAACCCCGGUUCCUCACCAACAAAGAGACGCGCCGCGCUGGCCGCUCUCGACGCGAACGCGAUGACCACCUCGACACCCACAACGGGCAAGCACGCGGAUCUUGCCUCGACAUCAUCGUCCCCCCUCAAGCCGCUGUCGGCGGCCAACAGGCGAACAUCGGGGCUCCUGUCCUCGGCUCCUGUGCUGGCGCCCCCCCGGGCCCCCGGCGGAAGCAGUCCCGGCGCCCCGUCCGUGGGGAUGAAGCGUUCCUCGGGCAUCAUGGUUCUGCAGGACGCAGAGACGGCAGCAGAGGACAUGCAGCAGCAGCAGCAGCAGCAGGUACCCAAGAAGAACAAGCUGGAGCACGCCCAAGAAGCGCCCCCGAGCACGCAGAGCUCGCGGACGCACAGCCCCGACGCGAGCUCCGUCUUUGACGCCGAGGGCCAGGAGGACGCCACGUGGGUGACGACGGCCACGGACGAUGUUGGAGUGAUGGUGCCGGUGGUGGUGGCGGCGCGUCCGCCGCCGCCGCGGGUGGUCCUGACGCGAGAGCAGGCACGCGAGAAGAUCGAGAUUCUACGACUACGACUCGGGCUCGCGAGCUACAAGCUGCGGACGGGGCAGGUCUCGGUGCCGCUCGCCGAUCUCCAGGCGCGUCCCCUGCCGCCGCCGCCGGCCUCGACGGUCGAGCACACCCCGGACAACUCGCAAGGUGGCGGCAGCAGCGCGCAGGACAGCUCGCAGGAGCAGGAUGAGGAUGUAGAGGUGGUGGCCGCGACGCCGCCGCCUGCUGCUGCUGCUGCCAUGGCGGACAUGGCAUCGAGGUGA